CCGGGUCAAUCAACCACAAGUAUGCAAGACAGUCUUAUGCUUCUUCGCAAAAAGAAGCUGUAGGAUGACUUUUUCAUUUUGUACAGUAGACAGAACAGGAUUCAAGAAUUACAAUAAAAGCAACAGGAUAUCUUUCAAAACACUGACUACUUAACAGUUGCUCUAUUAAUGCCAUUUAACUUUCCUGAAUAAAACAAGAUUUGAAACAUAUCUGUAUUAAUGAAGAGUGACUGCAUGCAAACCACAAUAUGUCAGGAAAGAAAAAAAGAUCCCAUAGAAAUGUUUCAUUCUGGACAGCUGGUAAAAGUCUGUGCCCCAAUGGUUCGAUAUUCAAAGUUGGCUUUUAGGACACUAGUAAGAAAAUAUAGUUGUGAUCUGUGUUACACACCAAUGAUAAUUGCCGCUGAUUUUGUCAAAUCUAUAAAAGCCAGAGACAGCGAAUUUACCACAAAUCAAGGUGAUUGCCCAUUGAUUGUUCAGUUUGCUGCUAACGAUGCAAGACUUUUAUCUGAUGCUGCUCGUAUAGUCUGUCCUUAUGCGAAUGGAAUAGACAUUAACUGUGGUUGCCCUCAGAGGUGGGCAAUGGCAGAAGGUUAUGGGGCUUGCUUAAUAAACAAGCCAGAGCUUGUUCGAGACAUGGUGAAACAAGUAAGAAAUCAAGUGGAAACCCCUGGAUUUUCAGUUUCUAUUAAAAUAAGGAUCCAUGAUGACCUUAAAAGAACUGUAGAUCUUUGUCGAAAGGCUGAAGCAACAGGAGUUUCCUGGAUUACAGUCCAUGGAAGAACUGCUGAAGAAAGACAUCAGCCAGUGCACUAUGAUUCCAUUAAAAUAAUUAAGGAAAAUAUGUCUAUACCUGUAAUUGCUAAUGGAGACAUCAGAAGCUUAAAGGAAGCAGAAAAUGUGUGGCGGAUUACUGGGACAGAUGGUGUGAUGGUUGCAAGAGGACUCUUAGCAAACCCGGCCAUGUUUGCUGGAUAUGAGGAAACCCCACUGAAAUGCAUCUGGGACUGGGUUGACAUUGCCCUUGAACUCGGGACUCCUUACAUGUGUUUCCAUCAACAUUUAAUGUACAUGAUGGAAAAGAUAACUUCAAGGCAGGAAAAAAGGGUAUUUAAUGCUCUGUCAAGCACAUCAGCAAUCAUAGAUUACCUUACAGACCAUUAUGGCAUUUGACUAGACUUCCCAAAUAAUUUUAAUAUAUACUUUUAGACCCACAGUGAAACCACAGAAGGUCAUAUUUUGUACCUUAAACCAGUAGCUCUCAAAUUUUAGUAUAAAAACAAUCCCUGGGAGCAUUUUUUUAAAAUCAGUGGUAGACACCACGCUCGGAGAUUCUGAUUCGGUAGAUCUGGGGUAGACCCAGAAAUAUACAGUUUAAGAAAACUCCUGGUGGUUCAAACAUCCUGAUCAUCCUAGGCAAACAUUGACAAAUACUGCUCUAAAUCCUGUUAUAUAGAUAUUGGGGGGGAUGGGUAGAGUGGGAAUUUUUUCCUAAUCAUGUUUUUAACAUUUUAAAAUAAAAUUUAAUACUAAGAAA